UGGCCGCCCGCUGCGACCUCGCGGGCCGCCGGGCGAGGCGGUGGGACGCCGAGCGGGGAGUUUGGGUCCGCCAAGAUGGCUUCCGAAAGAAGAACAUUGAGCUGUGUUGAAAGGCAUCAGAAAUUAGUAGAUGAAAAUUACAACAAAGAAUUGAAAAUGAAAGGGCUCAAAGAGAUAGAGAACCAAGUUAGGGACCUAAAAGUGAAGAAUGAAAUUGAUGACCGCAUUGAGCGCCGUAGAUUCCUCAGAUUAUUGCAGGACGAACAAUUUGAGUUGGAUAUGGAAGAGGCCAUUCAAAAGGCAGAAGAAAACAAAAGAUUGAGGGAACGCCAGCUUGCACAAGAAGAAAAACUGGCUUCAGAACUGGCAAGACUAAAACAUGAAUGUCUAAAGGAUGAGAAGAUGAGGCAACAAGUAAGAGAAAACAGUAUUGAACUCAGAGAAUUAGAGAAGAAAUUAAAAGCAGCUUACAUGAAUAAAGAAAGGGCGGCUCAGAUUGCUGAAAAGGAUGCUAUUAAAUAUGAGCAAACGAGACGGGAAGCUGAAAUAGCUAGAACUAUGAUGGAAGAGCAUGAGAGAGCAGUAAAGGAAGAGAAUGCCGCCGAGGACAAACGAAACAGAGAGAAAGCCCAGUACCAGGAAGACUUGGAGAAGCAACUUGAAGAACAAGAGAUAAGAAAGCAGGAAGCUUACAAGCAGCUGCUGAAAGAGAAACUCAUGAUUGAUGAAAUUGUCAGGAAAAUCUAUGAAGAGGACCAAUUGGAAAAACAACAAAAGUUAGAAAAGAUGCAUGCGACUCGAAGGUAUGUAGAAGAGUUUCAGAGGCAGCAGGCGCUCUGGAAACAAAAGAAACUUGAGGAGAUGGAGGAAGAAAACAGGAAACUUCGGGAGUUUGCCAAUAUACAGAAGCAGAGGGAAGAAGAUCGGAAAGCCAAAGUUCAAGAGUCUGAGGAAAAACGAGCACAAUUUCGGAAUGCGCUGGCUCAGAAGUUAGAAGAAAUGCUGAGGCGGCAGGAAGACUUGGAGCAAGUGCGACAAGAAUUGUACCAGGAAGAACAGGCGGAAAUAGAGAGGAGGAAAUUAAAAGAACGUGAACUGGAAGAAUGGCGGUUGCAGCAAAGACGACAAGGGUGUAUUAAUACAAUUAUUGAAGAGGAACGGCAAAAGCUUCUCAAAGCACAUGCUACACAAUUACUAGGAUAUCUUCCUAAAGGAGUAUUCAAAAACGAGGAUGAUGUUGAUAUGCUUGGUGAAGAGUUUAGGAAAGCGUAUCAGAGAAGGAGUGAAGUUUAUGAAGAGAAAUGAGAUCAAGAUUUGGUAAAGCCAAGAUACUUUUGAAUGUUACCACUAGAUGUCAGCAUAACUUUUGUUUUUUAGUUUGGUGACUCUAGGAAUCUGUAUUGUCUAAAAUAUCACCAUAAUUUGUUAAUUGUUACCUAUAAGAAAAAAAGUUUAAUAAAACAAUGCCGAAUAAAUUUUAUAACAA